AUGAUGCUAGGCGAGGAGUCGGAGCCUGCGAGAAUCUGGGAGGAGGUAGGAAACGAAGCCUUGAGACGAGGAAUCAAGCGGAUCGUUAUGAUGGGCGUCUUCGAUGCACAGGGUGCCCACUGGGAGACACUUGGAGAUGCCGUAGAAGUCAGCAUGAACCCCGACCCAAAGAAGUUGCCUAUGGGCGGUGUCCGUGACGAUCGUUACUUGCCCUACAGGCUGGCACCCGAUAUCGAAGGAGGCCAAGAGGUGCUGCAAAGGCUCCGCGCUGCUGGGAUAAACGCUCGGGCAGCGCCCAAGUUCGACUGGAUCCAUGACACCUUCCUGGUAAUCAUCCGCAUGUUUCCGCACUCUGUGCCCAUUCCGACGACCGUGAUCUCCAUGAAUGCUCGAUACGAUCCGCACUUCCACAUCAAACUGGGUACCACCCUGCGUCCGAUGCGGUACGACGGUACCUUGAUCAUUGGCAGCGGAGGCUCUGUCCACAACCUCUACCGGAACCACUGGGAGCACAUGUUUAGGUUUGGCGACAACUUCGCGCAGCCUGUGCCCCCGGAUCCCUGGGCAUUACAGUUUCGCCAGGCGGUGGAAGACGCGAUCCUGGGCAAUAAGGGCCCAGAGGUGCGUCGUGCAUUAUCUCGGUUGAUGAAGCACCCGCGCUUUCGGGACGCUCAUGGAACCGAUGACCAUUGGAUGGCUUCUUUAUUCGUUGCUGGUGCGGCUGGAGGGGUGGAGGACCAGGGUCCUAACACCAUGAUGGGAGAAUGCUGGGAGCUGGUCAAUAUGUGCAACACUCAAUAUCAGCUGGGUCCGUGGAACUAG